AUGGGUCGGAAAGCUGGUAGUCUCCAUAUAAACCCAAAGAAAUUCGGUAGUCUUAGUAAACCCUGCAUGAAGGAAACGAUAAAUUUCCUUAAUUGUUUAGCUCUUAACCACAACAAUGAUGAGAAAUGUGUUCGGCAAAAGGAACUUUUGAGUGCCUGCACGGAUGCUCAGACCAGCAAAAGUCGGAAGCCUUGGGGAAGUAUUAAUUAUCAUCUGCAGAGGCUUAACAGGGGAAGAAAGUAGUUUAUUUAUAGAUGGAGUUGUUUGGCUCAUGUACCAUUUUUAAGCCUACUUUCAUGGUUCAACGAGGCCAGCUUGUUUGGGGCAAUUUUCAAGCUAAUUAGGGAAGGAGUCUUGUCUCGUCUUAUUUAUGCGAGCAAUUUCAAAAUAAUCGAUGAACAGAGUUCGCUUUCCCUCAACAGAUUGCGGUAUGUUUUUUUCUUUAUUGAACUCUUGGGGUGAGCACCAGAAUUUUUGCAUUCAAAUUUUCAACUCUGCCCAGAUGAAACAUUUGUCUACAGGACUCCUCUUGCACUACAGUGCAAAGUUGCACAGAACUUUUUUCGC